ACACUCCUAUAAGCAUACUUUUAAUUACUUUACUUCUUAUAGAUAUAAUACAUGGUUGUUUAUUUUAGAGGAUGAGAAGCUUCGAUGUGAUGCCCAAUUGUUUUACUCUUCCGGUUGUUUUAAAAGCUUGCGUGAUGGUUAAGGAUCUUAGACAGGGAGAGGAGUUACAGGGCUUUUCGAUAAAAACAGGGUUUAGGUCAAAUUGUUAUUUAGGAACUAAGUUGAUUGAGAUGUACUCAUGUGCAGGAGUGAUAGUAUCGGCGAAUAAGGUGUUUUGUGAGAUGGUUGAGAAAAAUGUAGUUAUUUGGACUUCGAUGAUCAAUGGGUGUCUUUUGAAUAAAGACUUAGCCUCUGCUCGACGCUAUUUUGAUUUGUCACCUGAGAGAGAUAUUGUGUUGUGGAACACUAUGAUAUCUGGUUAUAUUGAUAUGGGGAAUAUGAUGGAGGCUAAGAGUCUUUUUGAUCAAAUGCUUUGUAGGGAUGUCAUGUCGUGGAAUACGGUUUUAGAGGGUUAUGCAAGUAUUGGAGAUAUGGAAGAAUGUGAAAGGGUUUUUGAUGAAAUGCCAGAGAGAAACGUGUUCUCUUGGAAUGGUUUGAUCAAGGGCUAUGCUCAAAAUGGGCGGGUUUCUGAAGUGUUGGGUUCUUUUAAGAGAAUGGUAGAUGAAGGGAGUGUUGUUCCAAACGAUGCAACAUUGACGUUAGUCUUAUCCGCUUGUGCAAAGUUAGGAGCUUUUGAUUUCGGGAAAUGGGUACAUAAGUAUGGAGAAAAUCUUGGGUAUAAUAAGGUAGAUGUUAACGUUAAGAAUGCUUUGAUUGAUAUGUAUGGAAAAUGCGGAGCUAUAGAGAUAGCUAUGGAAGUUUUCAAAGGAAUAAAGAGAAGAGAUUUGAUAAGUUGGAAUACCAUGAUCAACGGCUUAGCUGCACAUGGACAUGGAACUGAGGCCUUAGAUUUAUUCCAUGAGAUGAAAAAUUCCGGAAUUAGUCCUGACAAGGUAACAUUCGUCGGUGUUUUAUGUGCCUGUAAACACAUGGGUUUGGUUGAAGAUGGCUUGGCUUAUUUCAAUUCCAUGUUUACUGAUUUCUCAAUCACGCCUCAGAUCGAGCAUUGCGGUUGUGUAGUGGAUUUGCUAUCACGGGCUGGAUUUUUAACACAAGCUGUUGAGUUCAUAAACAAAAUGCCAGUAAAAGCGGAUGCUGUUAUAUGGGCUACUCUACUUGGAGCUUCAAAGGUUUAUAAGAAGGUGGACACUGGCGAACUUGCUCUUAAAGAGUUGAUCAAGCUUGAACCAAGAAACCCGGCUAAUUUCGUGAUGCUCUCAAACAUUUAUGGAGAUGCAGGAAGAUUUGAUGAUGCUGCAAGGCUAAAAGUUGCUAUGAGAGACACCGGGUUUAAGAAAGAAGCAGGGAUUAGCUGGAUCGAGACCGAUGAUGGUUUAGUGAAGUUUUAUUCUUCGGGAGAGAAGCAUCCUCGAACAGAGGAAUUACAGAGGAUCUUGGGAGAGCUGAAGAGCUUCAACAUCCUUCUUGAUGAAGAAGAAGAACUUUAAGAACAUUUUAUGUAAUAUUGUAGAAACUUUUGUCAAGAUUGGACUUUUUCCAUUACAGGGAAUUUGGUGUGAAAAACAUUCUGCAAUGUGGAAGCAGAAACCUCGUACUCUUGAGUCUUGCGGUAUAGGAAUUUGUAUUAGUUAACAAUUUGUUAAAGCAAUUUACAAAGAGCCUUUUGCUCAGCUGAAGAAGCUUGCUGAGUUCUUGAGUU